AUGGCGGAUGCAAAAAAGAUUUACAGAUUGGCUGAAGUUAAGCAAUUAGCCGAAGAUAGAAGUAAAUGUAUUAUGGUCAUCAAUAAUCGAGUCUAUGAUGUGACAAAAUUUAUUGACGAGCAUCCGGGUGGUGAAGAAGUCUUGAAAGAGCAACAUGGUGCUGAUGCAUCGAACGCAUUCGAAGAUGUCGGUCACAGUACAGAUGCUCGUGAACAAAUGAAAGGAUACGAAAUUGGUGAAAUUCACCCAGAUGACAUCAAAACAAAAGUUAAACCACGUCCCCUGAUCGUCAAUCCAUCGAACUCGUCGGAAAAUGCCGCAGGAUCCUGGGUCCGAUUCGUCAUUCCACUUGUGAUAGUUAUCGUGGCUAUAAUUUAUUUUCGAUUGUUUUCUAAACCAACUGUCGACACUAACAAUCCACCAAAAGCUAUUUAA